UGCCAGCAUCACGAGAACUAAACAUCAUGAGUAGUAGCAAGAAACCGCCCGUCGCGCAGACAUUGCAGCCCCGAUGGACGACAACCCCCCACCAGCCCCGCCCACGUCCCACUUGGCGGCGCAUUCUCUUCGGCGUGUUCGGUCUCUACAGUCUCUACGCCCUCUAUUGCGUCCUCUACGGCUUCCCACUUCUUGCGUCUCCGCUGCCACCCUAUACCGGCCCGCAUGGCGUGGGUGCAAUCGACUUAGAAGUACCUAUAGCGGGCGGGCCCCGACGCGUUGCUGAGGCGGUUCACAAGGCCACCGGACAACCGGUCUUCGACGUUGAGACCCUGUUGGCCACGGUCUACUAUCCGACCGACCGUGACUUCCGGUCCCGCAAGCCCCGGUACCCCUGGAUUCCGAGGCCUAUCAGCCUCACGGCCCAGGGCUACGCCCGCCUUGCCGGAGCAGACAACCUCAUCACCCGAUCCGUCUUCACGGCAGUCCUGUGGGCGGUGGGAGGCGCCGUGACCAUCCCCGCCGAGGUCGACGCCCCGCUUCUUCUCCGUCCCGAUUCCUUCCCCGUCACCGUCUUCUCCCACGGGGAUGUCAGCUCGCGCACCGACUAUACCCAGUUCCUCGCCGAACUCGCCAGCCGCGGGCACGUCAUCAUCGCCAUCGAACAUCGCGACGGGAGCGGGCCUGGCUCCAUGGUCAAGACCUCCGCCAGCUCUUCGGGCCGCCAGGUCCUCCCUCUCCGGCUCUCCGAUCUGCAACAUCCAGAUCUAGAUUUCGACCGGGAUGCCUUCAAACGCGCCCAGCUGGCCUUCCGCGACGCCGAGUUUCAUGCCGCCGUCGACCUCCUCCACGCCAUCAACAACGGCACCCCGAUCCUCAACACUCGGGACCCCAUCACCACCCUCCCCUCGUGGACUGGCCGCCUUAAUAUGACCCAUCUCACCCUGGCCGGCCACUCCUUUGGCGCCACCGGUGCCCUUCAAGCCCUCACCACUACGCUCUCCACCGCGCCCGCUGCAGGAUUGAUCCUCGAUCCGGGGAAAUCGAGCGGCCCCCUCAACCCCAACGCCACCGUGCCCAUCCUCGUCGUGCACUCCAACUCGUGGUCCCGUACCGUCAGCCCCUUCUACAACCGCCCGCACUUCGAUACCGUCCGUGACCUUGUCGGUGCGGUCCCCGCGCCCUCCUGGUUCCUCACUAGCAUCGGGACGGCACACCCCAGUAUCACCGAUGCGCCGCUGCUCGAGCCGCUGCUUCUCAGCUGGACUACAGGCGCUACCCUGGACGUGCAGGACGCUCUGCGGGAAUACGUUCGUGUGGCCGAUGACUUCAUCCAUUAUGUACGCGAUGGCGGAGAACGCGGCAUUCUGAGCGAGAAAGCAACCCACCAUCAGUACGAUGAGUGGGUGAGUGAGGAGCGGCAAAGGGAGUUCCCGCGGGCUUUGGCCAGACUUUGGCAGGUUCAUGUGACGCCGGUGAAUCAGACGAGACCCAUGGAGUCUCCUGUAGAGCUGUAAAUCGGUUGUCUCAUUCAAUGUGUAUCGACAUAUGCCGGGCUUGGCGAAGGUUCGAGCAGUCAGCCAUGUGACCAUGCCACAACCCGCCCUACUGUUAUGAGAGUAGAAGACAAGGGCGAGAUCUCAGCGAGUGAGUCAGAAUAGAGAUCGGUAUACGGUCGGGCCAAAAUGGUUUCUCUACGCCGAGAUGGGGUUAGCGACGGUAAGAGCACGGGCGUAGGAUUUUUGGCAUUCUUGGGCUUGGGCAGCUCAGGCGACAGCCCCUUAUGGGCCAUCUCAUCAAGCUUAUCCCCCAUGUUAAAGAAAAU